AUGGCCAACAAUGGACGUAGCGACCUGGUCCCUAUUACCCCAGCUCCCACCCGGGGAGGCCGCAACGAAAGCGGCAACGGAGACUCAUCACAAUCCGUAAUGUCCUAUACUUGUCAGACCUGUACCAGACGAAAAGUUAAAUGCGACAAAGAGGCUCCAAUUUGUUCCAGAUGCCGCAAGGGAGGGUUCGAGUGCGUUUACCAAGCACCCCAGCCACGAUCUCGAAAACGCAAAAUGAGCGAUGAGGUGUUUGAAAAGCUAGCCAAAUAUGAGCGUAUCCUGCAACAAAAUGGUCUGUUGGAUGCCGAGACGUCAAUUGCCAAAGAUGUGUCCCCUCGGGAAUCGGCAUUGGCCACUCACGCGUUUAAGACUGGUAAGCUUCUGACUGGUCAAGGGAGAUCGAGAUAUAUUGACAGACAUAUGUGGUAUAAUCUCGGAAACGAUGAGAUCCAACACAUGUCUGAUGAUGAGGAAGAGGAUGAGAUGGCUCCCAUCGGUGCCAACGUUGCGGGAGGUAUUUCACCGGAUCCCCUGACUGGUGCAUUCCUAGGCAGCCAACAAUUAAUAUUGGAGUAUCAUCCAAGUCAUAUAGAGGCAAUGCAGCUAUGGAAGACGUAUACUGAAAACGUGGAACCCAUUUGUAAGGUCCUGCACGUCCCAUCAACUGGUAAAAUGGUCGAGUCUAUUUCGCAUCAUCCUGAAAUAGCGUCGAAGACAGAUGAGUGUCUAUUAUUUGCGAUCUACAAUUGUGCAGUUUUCUCAAUCACCGAGGAACAGUGUGUCAAGCAAUUUAGUCAAGAGCGAUCUACACUGAUACAAAAUUUCCACUGUGCUGCACGCCAGGCCCUUGUGAAUGCGUCUUUUCUCAAAACAACGGAAAUAUCCGUCUUGCAAGCACUCUACCUGUUCCUUCUAUCUAGCCGCUACCUAUACGAUCCACAUACGUACUGGAUACUGACGGGCGUAUCUUGCCGCAUCGGACAGAGAAUCGGUCUUCACCGAGACGGAGAGAAACUGGGACUACCACCAUUUGACGUGGAGAUGAGACGACGACUGUUCUACCAACUCUUUCCACAGGACUGCCGAGCAAGCCUCGUUGCAGGGAUUGACUUUCUCAGUUUGCCUGAAGGCUGGGAUACGAAGCCUCCUCUCAACAUCAACGAUGAACAAAUCUGGCCUGGAAUGACGGAGAAGCCUGUAGAGCAAAAGUGCGCAACCGAUAUGAUAUUCUGUCUCUCACGCGCAUAUGUCGGGAAAAGAUUAGCUAAAGCGAGAAAUCCUACCAACGGCACAUCACCUUGGAGCUUCUCCGAUCUCCAGGAAGCUGAAACGGCCAUUUCUGCAGCAGAAGAUGAAGUGGAGGAGAAGUUUAUUCGUUACUGUGACAUCGUCAAUCCGUUGCACUUCCUUACCAUCGGACUUACGAGAUCUGGCAUGACAGCCAAACGGCUUAUAGUCCGCCUUCACAAGAUCAGGGACCAAACUGCUACCGAUGAGGAACGGAAAGAGCUGUUCCUAAUUGCGCAGAAGACUCUGGAUACCGACGCGGCAGUCCAUGCUCACCGAGGCAUAAGCAGGUUUGAGUGGCAUAUCAAGCCGUUUUUCCUAUGGGGUACACGAGACUCGUUCAUCUUUAUCCUCACUACAUUGUGGAAAAGACGAGAUUUACUCUCCUCGGAACAAAUCGAGGAUGCCUGGGAAAACGUAGGACAGCUUUACCAGAACCACGACGAGCUCUUCGAUGGCAAGCAGGCGCUGAAUGUGGCGCUUCGACGUCUUACCUUGCAAAUUUGGGAUUCCUACCAAUCGAGUAGUGAUCACUCCGAACCGGAAUUCAUCAAGACAUUGCGAUCUGUACGUUGCAAGAAAAUGAAAAGAAAAGCUCAGCCAGAGGAAUUGCUACGUUCAUCAAGCAGACCACCGACUGCGAGUGACGGAAAUACAUCUAUUGGUUGUUUUUCUGAGAGCAUUGUCUCUGAAAUGGGUCAGUAUCUCGAAUUUGACGUCGAUAACUGGCUUUUUUGGGAUCAACUGAUUCAAGAUCAAGCAUGGGAAUGA